AUGAUGGACAUGAAGAUGGCCGAGGGCACACCCUGGCUCGAUCAGCCGGUGAUGCUUCAUUCGUCUCGCGCCGACAAGUGCAAGCUGACCGAGUCUCAAUGUCUCUAUCGCAACUAUCACUGGCGAUACUGGUACCAAGCCGACCAUGUUUACGCAUUGAACACCGUCUACUUCAUGUGUGCGGUGAUUGGGGUGUUCGCGAUCUCGAACUUGCUUGUACGAUUCGCUCCAGAUAGAGUGAAACGGACCAGACCAUGGCGCAUGUUCACCUCUGCCUCACGAUACCUUUCUUAUCGUGGAUAUCGAUUGCCUGCGCUGCGAUAUUGGUCUCCAGCAUUAGGGGUGGUGAUUCUAGGUGCUGUAGGCGCUGUCUUCUUCUUCGCGAUGACACUCGGCCCGCAACCUUAUUACUGGCCAACAGAUGCUUCUUAUGGAAGUAGUCCUCCGAUUGCGACUCGAUCGGGCUGGAUGGCUCUUGCGCUGCUUCCAUUUGUACUGGCACUGAGCACGAAAGCUAACAUGAUCUCUGGCGUGACCGGUAUUCCGCAUGAGAAACUUCAAGUGUUUCACCACUGGACUAGCUAUGCGAUGUUUGUGUUGGCCUUGAUUCACACCUUCCCUUUCAUCAUAUAUCAUAUCUGGAAGGGGGAUAUGAUGUAUCAGUGGAAGACAAGUGUCGUUUACUGGACAGGGGUUGCUGCUCUCAUCUCACAGACAUAUUUAACCCUCAUGUCUUUGCCAUUUAUUCGCAAUCGAUUCUACGAAUUCUUCAAAGCCACGCACAUCUUCGUGGCAGUGGUAUUUGUCGUGUUUUUCUUCCUUCACUGCGAUUUCCGGCUCUCUUCUUGGGACUACUUCAUAGCCUCAGGCGUGAUCUAUUUCUUAAGCAUCAUAGCCAGUCACAUCCGUACCUAUCUAAUGCACGGCAUCCACAACGCGACCAUCGAACUCGUCCCUAGCGGUCUUGUCCGCGUUGCAGUCCCAUCAAUCAUCAAAUGGACACCAGGCCAGCACGUAUUCGUGCGCUUCCUCACAUCAGACUUACACCUACUCACCGCCCACCCCUUCACCAUCUCCUCCGCAUGUCGCAAUCCAGACGAAAUAGGAAAAGCCUCAGAACUAGUAUUCUACAUCAAAAUCCGCAGCGGUGUCACCGGACGCCUUGGAGCAAUGGCAUCUAAGAAUCCAGGCUGCACGAAGAAGAUAUUAAUGGAGGGACCAUAUGGCGGCGUCAGCGAACCUCACAUGGCGCGAUUCGACACGAUUUUAGUGAUAGCCGGCGGCUCGGGAGGCGUGUUUUCACUAGCCAUGGUAGACGAAGCACUCCGGCUGACGGGGAUAAACGCACCGGCAGGCGAGAAACAAGCACUGUCCCGCCGGAACCUCCAAGUCGUCUACUCGACGCGCGACCACGCUAUGGUAGACUGGUACAUCGAUGAGAUCAAAUCACGGCUGUCUGAGUCGGACAUGUUAUCCGCGCAGUCGAACAACGGAUUCGAGACUGCGGUAUCUGUGCACAUAACUGACCCGCAGGGAUUGGGAAUUUCUUCUGCUUCGGAAUCUGACGAUGUUAAGAGCACGUUUGGUAAGGUGCCGCCGGCUGAGAUUACCACUGCGGGGAGUUUCAGUUUGAAUGUUCACCGCAAUGCUCGGCCUGAUAUUCCUAGUUUGGUUGCGCGCACUGUUGCCAUGGCACAUGUUCAAGGGACACAUCUUCAGAAGAAGCAGCGGGUUGGGAUUUUGGUUUGUGGUCCUGCUUCUAUGCUACAUGAUACUCGGAAUGCGGCGGCUUUGGCGCAGGCCAGGGUGUUUGGGGGUGAGAUUGAGGAGUUGUAUUUGCAUUCCGAGCCUUUCGUGUGGUGA